UCCACCACUCCUUUUUUAAACCUAAAGGACAGAAAUCUUCCUCGGCAUCUCACUCACUCAUGGCCCCAAGACCACUUUGAUCCAUUGAUCAUUCGAUCCAUUGAUCAUCACCACGACACCCUCACCUGCAUGGUCGAUAGAUCGAUCUUGUGUUAUAUGCGUGCAUGGAGGGGAGCAGCCAGUUUGAGACCUGCCUUCCUAGCCUCUUCAGCCUAGGCGCCCUUCCUCCUCCUCUUGCUCCGCUGCCGAACCAGCACAAGCUUCUGCAGAUGCCGUUGUUCCAGGAGCAGGGCGGGACCUAUGGCGUGAUGCUCUCUUCGGACCACCACGGCGGCCUGUACCCGUUGCUUCUUCCCGGGAUCCCGUUCUGCAACUCUAGCGCCGGCGCCGGCGAGAAGCCCACCGGUUUCGCCGUGCUGGACGCCGGCGAGGCGGGCACCUUAGCGGCGAAAGCCGCCGGCGAGAUCCCUAGUACCACCACCGCCACGUUCCACGGCUCGAGUUCAUGGUGGAAGGGCUCGGCAGCGGAGGCCGGGGAGAAAGGGCGGAUGAAGGUGAGGAGGAAGAUGAGGGAGCCGAGGUUCUGCUUCCAGACCAGGAGCGACGUGGAUGUGCUGGACGACGGGUACAAGUGGCGGAAGUACGGCCAGAAGGUUGUCAAGAACAGCCUCCAUCCAAGGAGCUACUACCGGUGCACCCACAGCAACUGCCGCGUGAAGAAGCGAGUGGAGCGGCUGUCGGAGGACUGCCGCAUGGUGAUCACCACCUACGAGGGCCGCCACACCCACUCCCCCUGCAGCGACGACGCCGACGGCGCCGGCGACCACAUCGGCAGCUGCGCCUUCACCUCGCUCUAGAGAUCGACGACGCGCGCGCUUGCACAUCUGAUGAUGAUGCUAUUAGCAUAUGCAGCAAUGCUAGCUGUGAUAUAUAUGGAUCGGACGACGCACGCCAAGAUGUUGAUGCUUUUUGGAUGCACAUUUGUAGAAAGCAAUCAGCAGUAGCUGCCAGGCCCAUCGACGACCCUAAUCUACGGGCCGGGUGACUUUGGUUACAUGCAUGAUUGCGUCAGACAUCUCUGAUGCUGUUGGAACGGUACGCGUGCCUGCUUAAAGCCUUAGACAUGGCUGCCAUACAUGCAUGUAAGGCACAGAAAGCGAGGCCAGACCAGGCCAGGCCACCUUGCUUGCUGCUGCUGCUGUCAGUACAAACAUUUGUAUUCACCUGGCUAAUUGUACAAA